UUUGUCAGCGUCCCCCCCCUCCCCUAAAAUAGCAGUCAGCGUGUAAAUGCGAACUGAAAUUACGUUUAUCCAGCGGAGCCACCGAUAUAGAGUGUCUAUAUCCAGCGGGAGCGAAGGUCGUCCUGCGGUUUGAGGCCUAGUCUUGUCAGAGCGCAGAGAGGGUACCGAGAAGAGUGAAAGAGCGUAUAUAAGAAGAAAGACUUUUGCACAAUGUGCUAGGAGAGCGGAGGAAGAAAGAGUGUUGUUUUUCUGAUAUUGUUGAGGUGUCAGAGAGACCGGAAAAAGGAACGCAGCCAUGGGGCGGAAGAAGAUACAGAUCACCAGGAUCAUGGAUGAGAGGAACAGGCAGGUUACCUUCACGAAGAGGAAGUUUGGCUUGAUGAAAAAGGCCUACGAGCUGAGCGUACUGUGUGACUGCGAGAUCGCCCUCAUCAUCUUCAACAGCACUAACAAACUGUUCCAGUACGCCAGCACAGACAUGGACAAAGUGCUGCUGAAAUACACAGAGUACAACGAGCCCCAUGAGAGCAGAACCAACUCUGACAUUGUAGAGAAAUUGAGAAACAAAGGCCAUAAUGACUGUGCUAGUCCCGAUCCCGAUGACUGUUUCGGGCACAGCCCCCUCAUGGACGACCAUUUCGGCAAACUAAGCGAAGAGAGUGAUUUAAUGUACAAGCGCUGUGGUGCGCUAAACAAGAAAGAACACAGAGGUUGUGAUAGCCCGGACCCCGAUGCCUCAUAUGUCCUCACUCCUCACACAGAAGAAAAGUAUAAAAAAAUUAAUGAGGAGUUUGAUAAUAUGAUGAGAAAUCAUAAAAUCCCCUCAGCAUUGCCUCAGCAGAACUUCUCCAUGCAUGUGGCUGUGCCUGUAUCCAACCCUAAUGCCAUGUACCAGCCGGGGGGGACUCUGGGCAGUCAGUCCCUGGCAUCAGCCACCAGCUCUCUGAGCGACAGUGGGAUGCUGUCCCCUCCGCAGGCCUCUCUGCACAGGAAUGUGGGCUCCAGUGGAGGCCCCCAGAGGCCCACCAGUGCCGGCAAUGCAGGGAACGGUUUCUCUAACCCCAGGGGCUCCCCCGGCCUCCUCAGCACGCCCAGCGGCAACGGCCUGGGUAAAGUCAUGCCCACCAAGUCUCCACCGCCCCCCGGAGGGAACAUGGGGAUGGGAAACCGCAAGCCAGACCUGAGGGUUGUUAUCCCUCCAUCGAGCAAAGGGAUGAUGCCCCCGCUGAACACCCAGAGGUUAAACAGCUCCCAGUCCAACCAGCCGCUGGCCACUCCAGUUGUGUCUGUCACCACCCCCAGCUUACCCCCACAGGGCCUGCUCUACUCAGGCAUGCCCACCUCCUACAACCCCGCCGAGUACUCCCUGAGCAGCGCAGAUAUCUCUUCCCUACAGGGCUUCAGCUCUCCUGGGCUCUCAUUGGGCUCCAUGUCGGCAUGGCAACAGCAUCAACUGGGCCAGGCAGCUCUUAAUUCUUUGGUUGGCGGAGGUCACCUCACUCAGGUCUCCAACCUAUCCAUCAACACCAGCCAGAGCAUAAACAUCAAGUCCGAACCCAUUUCGCCGCCGCGGGAGCGCGUCUCCCAGUCCAGCUUCCCCCAGCAGCAGCCGCAGCAGGGGUCCAGCCGCCAGGAGGUGCUGGGACGCUCCCCCGCCGACAGCCUCAGCUCCUCCUGCAGCUCGUACGACGGAAGCGACCGCGAAGACCACCGGCCCGACUUCCACUCCCCGCUGGGGCUCGGCAGACCCCCCGCCGGCUCUGAAGACAGGGAGAGCCCCUCGGUCAAGCGCUUGCGCAUGGACACGUGGGUGACAUAAAGAGCCCCGGGCACGCCUCCAGUCACCAGCCAAUCAGAGAGAGGGAGGGGUUCGACAUGGAGAUGAAAGAAAGAGCAAGGGUCCUUUGAGCUAUUAUAAUGAUACUAUUAUUCAACUCCAUUUUCAAUUUGUGAGACUGAGAUGUAAUAUAUCUAAAGUCAAUUGUCAAACUGAUGCAGUAAGAUUUAAGAAAGAAUAAAAUGUCAGUGGGUUGGACUGAAUUAGAUGCACAAGCGGGUGGUAUCAGGUACUUGGUGCAAUUCAGACUUUUUGCAGAAGAGAGAAAAUUGUUAAACAAUAGGCGGUAGAUUAUUGUAGUCACUGGUCUAGUCAGACACUUACAUGUAGUUGCUGUUUUGCUGUUGUGCUUGCAUGUUGCAAACAAUCAGAGGAAGUCGUGUUGCUUUCAGGCUGAGGACCCUUAAAUACGAUGUUCACUGCAAGAACUAUCUUUUAAAAAAAACAAAUCAUGCUGUAACCACACAAGACCUUUAUCUCAAGUGGCCUCUCGUGAUUUAUCGACUCGAUCAGGAGACACAGACAGCACGGAGUUAACUAAUACUACACAGGAGUUAUGGUCACAUGAGAAACAGAGACUACUUUAGUGAAUAGAUGAAACAAGGUAGGGAGGUAAAAACAAAAUAGCAACAGAAUUUAUUGCAAUAAUGACAUACUUAUUCAUUUUAUAAUUUAAAAGAGUAGGAUAUUCAGUCUAAAUGUGCAAUUAAGAAAACCUGUCCAGUUGAACUGGUGAGAAAAUCAACAUGUUCACAUUUGUAUAACAGUUCAUCAGUAAUAUAAGCCAAAGCUGUUUUCUUUUGUUAUUUUGUACAGUUGCUAUGGUUUCCUAAACAGGUCACUCCAAAUGCACCGUUUCUUCGCCAUUGUUUUUUUCUUCUUUUUUUUUUUAAAUUGUGCUUUAUUACAAACAGUGUAAAGUCAUGUACGCCACAUCAUGAAUCGAUAUUCUAAAGCCAUGAACAUUUACUUGUUCUGUUUGUAUGAUUGAAAAUUUGAGCCAAACAUUUUUCUUUUUGUUGUGUAAAUAGCGACUUUAAUAUAUAUCACCAGGGUGAGGGUACAUGCUGAAUGUACUGUACGACCACCGUUUUCAAGAAAAGUAUAUUUUUGUGGAUUACAGCCGAGUUUACAAGAGUAGACCCUUCAAAAAAAAGUAGAUCAUUCACUGGUCAAUAUUUGCUAUCGUGUUCAUUUUACUGUAAUCUCUUCUAAAUUUAAUUAUCAACAUAAUCUCCUGUACGUUUUAGUUUUCUUUCUCUCUCUCUCUCUUUAUUAGUGGUGACUGUUUGUCCUCUGAAGACAUUGUGAUAACAAUGCUGUGAGGUUGAAGUUCUACUAUUUUCAUAUUUAUGAAGGAUGAUCACAAGGCUACAGGGGAAAUAGGGUUGUCCUCCCCUCCUAUUGUGUUAGCUCGUGUUAGUUGUAUACCAGCAGCUGCGGAAUACACUGCCAACAGUCCAACCCAACGUCCCACAUCCAAGAAAGAUCUACUGUUACAGCAUGAGAGACGUGGCACCUCUCAGGCCUUUUCCACUGUCCUUUGACUGGCAGAAGCAGAAGACAUAAAUGCGAUGGAGGCGGCUGCUGACCUUCACACAAAUCUGAUCCCGCCCGGGUUGUAAAUAUCUCACCGGUUUCCUUUAAUUGGCUACUGAAAGUGGAUUCAUAUCAAUAAGUAGUGAGAGUGCUGCAGUCCUGUAGGAACCUUAGGAGCUAGAAAAGUGAAAAAUCAGAAGGUCGUGUGCAGGAAAAGAUCUGCAACACAAAGCCCGAUGUCUCAGCUGGAAAAAAAAGGAGACGGUGACUUGUUUCCUUCUCGUUCGUCACAGAAGCAAAUAACUAAGCAGCUAAUUCAUAACAACAACAACAACAACAACAACAGUGCAACGUCAUCGACUUCAAUCUCCUCGCGUCAAUCUCACCGGACACCGGUGUCUGAGACGUUUGCUGUACGAGAGCGAGGUAUCACUCUGCAUUCGCCGCGACAUGUCUUGUGUGCGUUUCUCUGGUUUCUGUUCUCUCUGCCCCAUCGUCAACACCAUAGAAAGUUCUCAGUCAAAGCCAGUGAUGAUCUAUGCAGUUUUAACCUCAAUUCCCAUUAUAUAUAUAUAUCUAUAUAAAUAGAAGAUGAUGUCAUUAGAGGUCACGUGUAGUCAACAUAGCAUUAGGAAGGAGAGCAUCAGAGGACAGACUGUUAGCGUCUUACAUCCUGAAGUGCCACAGCUUGACGUCCCUGGACUUCACGAUGCACAGAAUACAUUUUAUGAAAUGAUUGAUUUGGAUCCCCCGGGGCAAUCUCUUCAUGUUCAUGCACAUUAAGUAGACAUCCCAUGAUGCUUAGUGAUUCAUUAUGUAAAUCCAGGUGAAAAUAGCAAUAAUAAACCACAAAACUACAACUAACACAAAAAAAUUGUCUGCCCGUCUUGGCGGCAUCACCUCGUAGUUGAGCACAUGCUUUAGCACUCGAUAACAUAUCAGGGAAUUUUGUAGUUCACCUAUAUGCACAGUUAGGAAAUGCCUUAUCCCAAAGAGAAAAACGACACCACUUUUAUUUUCUAAAUGCAGAAAUCACUCAAACGUGACCAGACCUGCCUUUUUCGGGAAAAAGACUCGCACCAAGAAAAACAAUGCCUGGGUGAAUGCACCGUGAUACGCUCGGCUCCCUCGGGUGUAUGUCCAAAUUCUGCACAACUGAUGAAUGUGAAAGGAAUGGCUAAUCAAUGAACCUUUGUAGAGGACUUUCUUCACUUUGCUGUGCAAGAGUACACUGCUUUGCUUCAUGGCUUUUAUAAAAAACAGAACUACGUGUUUGGUAAGUGUUUGUAGUUGAUAGUUCACUUAACUAAAGAAGCUGUUUUCGGUCUAGACGCUCGGACCGUUUGGCGGCACAAGCUGGACUUUGUUGCCAAUAAUGAAAUUAUUUGUUUCGGAAUUUAAAAGAGAUUUUAAGUUAAUCUACAUUUUAUUUCCCUUGAAUGUGUUAUUUUAUUUUCAUCAUACGAUAAAUAUUCAAGUGAUCUUUUUAUUAAAACAAUUAAGAUACUAUGCUAGCUAUUGUUGUACAAAAUUUGUAUUCUUCACAAAAGUACAAAUAUUGGCUUUUAAUGUGUAAUUUAGGUGAUCUCUUUUAUUCUGUAUAAAAUGAAGUAAACGACUCUUACAUAGAAUUUGUUCUCCUGUGAAGUCCCAAACAGUAGAAACUGUCAACUUUAUUAAACACCUCAGUGU